AUGUUCGAAUCACCCUCAGAUGAUAGCUCCAGAACAUCAUCACUAAGGCCUGAGUCUCCACAUGAUCCCAUUAGAAAUUCUUCUAGACCAGAUAAUAGACGUAAAGCUCGGCCACGUUCAAAUUAUCAGUCACCACAGGAAGGUCAGAAUGAUAGCAAUGAAAUGCCGUUCCAAUCUUUCAUAAUUGAUCAGCUUACAAGAUUACAAGAGCAAAAUGAAAUGUUAAAGAAUAAGGUCGAAGCGAUCCAAAGAGAACAAGAAGAAUAUUAUAUUAGCCAGGUGAAGACAUUUGAUAAUGGGUUUAAAAAUGUAGAUACUUGCAUCAAGGAUGUGGCUAAUCUAAAAGAACUUUUUAAAGAGAUGGUGGGGAUAAUGACUGGCGAUAGAGUACGGUUUCUAGAUCAUACCAAUGAGAGUGUGACAAGUGCAGAAGCAGAACGUCUAAAUAAAUCAUCUGUCCUAAACACAGAAAAUGCACUUGUCUCUACACCUACUGAAACGGAGGGGUGGAUGGCUUACAGAAGAGAUGAUAACGUGCUAACUCAUAAUGAAAGAGUGAGAGUCAAACUUGAAACUGAUGGCAGAUUGCCAGAAGGACCACCAAAUAGCUACCCAUUCCCUACAAGGCGCGAUGAAGAUGCCCUAAGUUACAUUAACAGCAUUGUGGAUGCGCAGGAAAGAGGUGAUAGAUCUACUGAAAAUGCACUUAGAGUAGAGCAGGCAAUGAAUUAUAAGAUUAAUAGGGCAAUACAGAGUGUUUCAGACGUAGCCAGGGAGUACUUCGAGGGUUUUCAUGGAAAACCUUCCUUAUUAUCUUUAGAAAGAAGAUUCGGAUCAACCUGGAGAAGAGCUCCCGGUGACAGAACCCUGUUUGCUAAAAGAAAAUGCAUUAUCUCUAAAAUAGAUCAAAUAUUGGAAAAUCCAACAAAUUUUAGGCUGCCGCAAGACUUGACAAGAAACCAGGCCAUCAAAGUCAUUGAAAACAUACGAUUGGGGAACAAUACUUUUAGAGGCUAUCAUUGCCGGUUGACACUAGCACAACUAUACGAAUAUUUUUCCAAGAAAAUGGAUAAGAAGGAAGACUACUCAUUAAAAUUGAUAAACAAAGGUGUCCCCAGGAGGACUAUCCUAUCACGCCAGAGAGAAGCUGAGUUGAAAGCAAAGGAAGGAGUCGAAGGUUUAUCAACUCCUACUGAUACUACACCUGUUCAAGAGGAUGAUAUUAAUAAUGACAACAGCGAUGAAGGAGGACAAAGUGACGAAGAUGAAUGCAGUGAUGAUGAAGCUGAUGAACAUGGCGAACAUGAUGAACAGGAUCAGACAAAUAAUGAUCCCACCGUAUAUCAUCUUGAUGGAGUGAAUAACCGUAGAGAUUACGACGCCGGAAACAACUUCCGGGAAGAUGUAAAUCAUGGUACUAUGUCAGAGCCAAUGCGUUUGUAUUACAGGAACGAUGACUAG